GUACUUGAGUUUUUUGUCAUCUGAUGUUGGAUAUUACUGGGACUGAUAUUUUUGAACUCCUUGGUUUUAUGCUAGAUGCUGAUUUAAUGAGCAGGUUUCAAGGUGUUUUCCGGAGGUAGUUCAUGUGCGUUCACUUUAUGCUCUACACGUCCAGGAAAUACAGCGGAUAAACGUAAUUGCAAUACACUUUCGCUCGAAGACUGUCCCGCUGAUAUUUUAGAAAACUUAGACGGCUAUCUAUGUGGACAUUACCCACCACUAAUUGCAAUUCCUCGUACUCGGCAUUCAUCUAUAUCCCUUGGAGAAUUGGGCCAACUUAUGCUUCAGUCCAAGUUUGCACGAUGUCGAACACGAUUUGUGGUCCCUUCGUUUGCAUUUCAUCAGAAGUAUGUGUGCCGGUCUAGUACAUUGAGUGGCCCACUGGAAUUCUAUGGUCGUCAGGUUGCUACAGUUGCAGGUUUUACUUUCGAUGGACACGUUAUCAAUUCCCCACCAGGAGGAGAGCUCCCAGACAUGGUUCCUGAGACAGAAAGUGGGCGUCAAAGUCUAGAAAAAUUGCGUGAUGAUGACUGUGAACUGAUUCGACGCCUAAACGUGACUUAUAUCUGUGAUUUCAUGUUGGAGUAUAGAAAAAUAAAAUGUUGGGUCCCAAUUAGUUCUUCAGAAAAAGUGGAUCAACAAGGACGAUACAAUGAUCUUGUAAUCAUUCCUCUACCUUUUCCUGGUAGUGAAUUCUUCCGUAUAUGGCGUGAUUCUGGUUAUUUACUGCACAAUUUAUUUUUCGAUUGGAACCGGUCAGGUGUUGAAGUACCCGUUAAUCCAGACCUUAUUCCAAAAACUUUGCUAUCGGCUUCUGUAGAAUGGAUCGCAUACAAGUCCUGGGAUAUAUAUACAAUCACCUUGAACUAUAUGAAACUACUCCUUGGAUUGCUUUAUGAAGGUGCUGGUGGACUAUUGUUACAUUGUGUUUCUGGAUGGGAUCGUACACCAUUAUUUAUUUGUCUUUUACGUUGUCUGUUAUGGGCGGAUGAUUUAAUGCAUUGUAGUUUGAAACCAAUUCAAAUGCUAUAUCUUACUCUGGGUUAUGAUUGGUUUUUAUUCGGUCAUAAAUUACAAACACGUAUGGAGCUGGGAGAAGAGAUAUUACGAUUUACAUUUAAAUUUAUCAGUGAAAUGGCUCAUUGUACGGAUUUAUCACUUAGAACAGUGUAUGACAUUCACGUUGCAGAUGAGUCUAAAAGUUCAGAUUCAGAAGAUUCAUCGUUUGUAGACUUACGCUCUAGUGAUGACUUACAGCGUAUAAGACAAUCGCGGUUAGAAGAACUAUCCAGCUUAUUUUUUCAAUUUUGGAAUGAAGAAAUAGAACAACGUGGAAAUCGGUUAACUGCUAAUACCACUAAUUUGGAUAUAAAGGAGUCUGUUACUACGGAUGAAAAUAUAAUGUCACCGUUAUGCAACACAGGAAAAUCAAUUUUUGAUGAUGACAAUAUCCUAAAAAGUUCAGUUUAUGCGAAAGAUAAAGGCAGAUCCUCUGUGGAUAUGAAUCCUAUGAACUGCGAUAACAAUAAUCGUUCUGGAAGUCAACAGUCAGUUGUAUUUAAGAUAUCCAAUGUUUUAAGUUCUGCUGUAUCAGCCAUCACCACAAAUUUUGUCGCACCAUUGUUAUCAUCAUCAGAUUCAGGUUGCAGUAAUAAAAAAUCAGGAACAGAAAUUAUUAAGGAAUCAGUUACAUAGAAGUUAGCACUUUUAUUUCACUGUCAUUUCCUUGAAUACGUAUAUAUCAUAGUAAAUUGAUUCAAGAAGAUUAUCGGGUUAAAGAAGAAAUGAUAAUAUCAUGAAGAUAAAGUAACCUUUUGUAAUUUUUGUCGAAAAAGCAUAAUGCACUUUGAUUUUUUUUUGAUAAUAAUGAUUAAUUUUAUAUGCAUGUUCUUCAUUUAGCAGUGUAGUUUAUUUCCUUCCUCGGCUGUUAUCAAAUAUACAAGGCUACAAGCUAAUCAGUGG